AUGAAACAGCAGGAACAGUACACGCAGCCAUGUAUGAAACAGCAGGAACAGUACACGCAGUCAUGUAUGAAACAGCAGGAACAGUACAAGCAGUCAUGUAUGAAACAGCAGGAACAGUACAAGCAGUCAUGUAUGAAACAGCAGGAACAAAAAGGUACGCAGUCAUGUGCGAAACAGCAGGAACAGUACACGCAGUCAUGUGCGAAACAGCAGGAACAGUACACGCAGUCAUGUAUGAAAACAGCAGGAACAAAUCAUGAACCAAAACCUUCCAUAUCCGAGAAUCAUGAACCAAAAUCUUCCAUAUCCGAGAAUCAUGAACCAAAAUCUUCCAUAUCCGAGAAUCAUGAACCAAAAUCUUCCAUAUCCGAGAAGCAUGAAACAAAACCUUCCAUAUCCGCGAAUCAUGAACCAAAACCUUCCAUAUCCGAGAAUCAUGAACCAAAACCUUCCAUAUCUGAGAAUCAUGAACCAAAAUCUUCCAUAUCCGAGAAUCAUGAACCAAAACCUUCCAUAUCCGAGAAUCAUGAACCAAAACCUUCCAUAUCCGAGAAUCAUGAACCAAAACCUUCCAUAUCCGCGAAUCAUGAACCAAAACCUUCCAUAUCCGAGAAUCAUGAACCAAAACCUUACAUAUCCGAGAAUCAUGAACCAAAACCUUCCAUAUCCGAGAAUCAUGAACCAAAAUCUUCCAUAUCCGAGAAUCAUGAACCAAAAUCUUCCAUAUCCGAGAAUCAUGAACCAAAACCUUCCAUAUCCGCGAAUAAUGAACCAAAACCUUCCAUAUCCGAGAAUCAUGAACCAAAACCUUACAUAUCCGAGAAUCAUGAACCAAACCUUCCAUAUUCGCAAACAAGAAUCAAAACCUUCCAUAUCUGCAAAACAAGAACCAAAACCUUCCAUAUCCGCGAAUCCAGAGCCAAAACCUUCCAUAUCCACGAAUCCAGAACCAAAACCUUCCAUAUCCACGAAUCCAGAACCAAAACCUUCCAUACCCGCGAAUCAAGAACCAAAACCUUCCAUAUACAUGCCACGAGAGCCAAGGAAAGCCAGCCACUGUACCCAAGUUUUUGCCUCAGCGAACUUCUCACUGCACGAUAUUAUUUUACACUAUCAGCUGUCAGUUUAAAGAUGAGACCUGCCACCACACACCCAGCUGUAAGUCUAUAUAGGGUGUGA